AUGUCCACUGCGGAUGUAUAUCUCCGAGCGUGCCGGAUGGUGGGCGUGGUCCCCGUCUCUUAUUUCCUGCGCAAUCUGGGUAGCACCACCCUUAAUCUGAACCACCAUGGCCUGGGGCCUCUGGGAUGCAAGGCACUGGCAAUUGCCUUAGUGACUGACAUGCAGAUCACAACCCUGGAACUGGAGGAUAAUUAUGUGUUGGCUGAAGGGACACGAUAUCUUGUGGAAAUGCUGAAAGCAAAUAUCACCAUGCAGAAUCUGAAUCUCUCCAACAAUCACCUCAAGAGUGAAGGGGCUGAGUACAUCACUAAAAUGCUUUUAGAAAACAUUGCCAUCAAAUCGGUUAAGCUCUCAGGUAACAAGUUCACAGAUGAUGAUGGAAAACACUUUUCUGAUGCCUUGGUGAAUAACUACAGGGUAAAAGAGCUGGACCUGAGUCACAAUGAAUUCCGUGAAAGAGGUGGAGAGCAUUUGGGUCACAUGCUAGCAAACAACGAAGGGCUGGAAGUGUUGGACCUGAGCUGGAAUCACCUGCGUAUGAAAGGGGCCGUGGCUCUGUGUGCUGGACUGAAGGUGAAUAUGACCCUGAAACACCUGGACGUCUCCUGGAACGGUUUCGGUAAUGAAGGGGCCCUGGCGUUGGGGGAGGCCCUCAAGUUUAACAACACCCUGGUGCACCUGGACCUCAGCUACAACCGCAUCACCAAUGAGGGGACAGGCAUGCUGUGCAAAGGCCUGGAGGCCAACGACACGCUCAGAGUGCUGCGGCUGGCGUAUAACUCGCUGACAGUGGAGGGUGCACUGGCUCUAAUCGCUGUUGUCAGAAGCUCCCCUAAAUCUGCCCUGGAAGAGAUCAACAUCUCUAAUGUACUGGUGAAUGAAAACUUUGUUCAGCUGUUGGAAGUCACUUAUCAGGAACACCCUAGUCUAGAAGUGCAUUAUGGGGGUGUGGGUGGAUUCAUUGCCAAGAAGGCCCCCAGACGCCCCGACCCCAUGAAAGUCAUCCAGGAUUAUCUUGAUGUACGCAAGCUGCGCCUCUGGGACUUCUUUCGGAACAUCGAUAAAGAUGGGACAAUGCAUGUGCCUGUCUCAGACUUCAGGAGAGCAGUGCAGCAAUCCACUAUUCCUCUGGACCGCUACCAGAUUGAGGAGCUGAUACACAGACUUGAUAGAGAGGGGACUGGCAUGGUUGACUACAGGGGCCUGGCCGACACCAGGAAGCAGAUGAUGCGUGACCACCGUCGGCAACUGCGGAAGGUGGAAUCACGCCAGAAGAAGGAGAAACAGAAGAGCGACCGCAUUCUCAAGACCUUCCGGAGCGCGGUGGAAGCGAGCACGUCCCACAGUUCCUUGACCAUGUCACCAGGUGGCACCAAAGAGGGCUCGAGUGGACCGCACUUUUCGGCUACGCCCCUCAGCUCCUGGCACCACGUGGUCAUGUCCAACAGCAGCCGCUACUCUGUGUCAAACUUGAGUAGUGAGCAUGUCCACUUACCUCCAAUAGGGGGAGCCACGAACACCCACUCUCUUGGCUCCCCUGCGGUACGCUCCUAUUCCCAGCCCAACUUGCUGACACACUCCACCUCAAAGCCUACCUCUGCCCUGGAAGUGCACUCCAUCACAAACUCUGAUGCCGACCAACUGAAGCUGACCUCCACAGCCAACCACUUGACCAGAUCUAGACCUGCUAUCGCGACCAAGAAACCAAAAUCCAAAGUCAAAACCACAAAGACAAAGAGAAAGAAGGCAAAGAAACAUCAUCGAACAAAAGUCUGA